GCAGAGGUCGUGUCGCAUUCGAGGCGUCGACGGUGGCCACGGCGGAUCUUUCAGGUUAUAUUUACGCGGGUUUGAAGCACAACAAAACGAAUAUUUCCAACAGGGACGAGCAAUUCACGCGGUCUCAAGUGCCGACGCAGAAAUGCAGGAGGAGAAGAGAACGGGUUCCUGAAUGGAGAUAGAAAUCUCGUAAAGUUUCCUGCGCGAUGUCACGCUCUGCGAAAUUCUGAAAAUCUCACGCUCCCUUUUGACAUUGUUGUCGCGAGGCCCCGAGGAAUAUAUCAGCCAUGUCGGGACUGUUCGAGCAGAUCAAGCAGCUCUACGAUCAGGCGCUGUACUGCAACCUGAUCUCCCUGACGAAUCUGGUGCUCUCGCUCAGCGAGCACAAUGCCGACUUGCUGCCCGGCUACAGCAAGUUUCACGUGUACGUCUAUUACGCGGACGCUCACUUUCACCUGGGCAAAUAUCGCAGAGCGGAGACCCUCUACAAGAAGGCUCUGCAGUUCCGCAAGUGUCUGCUCAAGUCCAAGGGCACGGGGAAGCCGCUGCUGGACGGACAGAAGGACCUGCCGUCGGACGUCAACAUCAAGUAUCAAAUCCACUUGUGCCUGGUCAAGUCCAAGAAUCUGCAGGAAGCGCUGCAAGUGCUGCAGAGCAUCCCCGGCAAGCAGCGCACUGCCAAGGUGAACAUGGCGCUGGCAAAGAUGUUUCACGAGCAGGGGAUGGAACGCUCUGCCAUCACCACGUACAAGGAAGUCUUGAAGGAGUGCCCGCUGGCCCUGGAAGCGGCCGAGGGUCUCCUGUCUUUAGGGGUGAAGGGCGUGGAGGUGAACUCGCUGAUCGUCAGCUCCGUCUCCAGCUCGAUGAACCUGGAGUGGCUCAACACGUGGAUCAAGGCUCACGCUCACAUUCAUAACAGAGAAUACACCCACGCCGUGACCACGCUGAGGUCGUUGGACAACGUUGUUCUCCUCAGGGAUAAUUUCAAUUUGCUGACCAUCAUGGGCGAGUGUUACUACUACGCGGGCGAUGACAAGAACGCUCUGCUAUGCCUGAGGCGAGCCCGCGUCAUCGAGCCGGACAUAACGAAAGGGGUGGACAUAUAUGCCGCGGUUCUGUACAAGAUGCAUCACAUCAAGGAACUGGAGCGGUUGAUACCGGCGAUAACUACUAACAACGAGUGCACCGGCGAGAUUUACGUGGCGAUGGCGUAUUCCCUGUACGCCGCUCGAAAAUUCAGCAGGGCGAACACGCUCACCGCUCAGGCGUUGAACCUGAAUUCUAACGACAUAGAGGCCACCAUACUACGUGGCAAUAUUUUCAUCGAGCAGAAGAAGUAUCAGGACGCGUUAUUCUUCUUUAGGCACGCCGUGCAACUGAAGCCGUACAGAUAUGAGCCGCAUAAAGGCCUGGUGGAUUGUCUCGUCGGGAUGCACAGGUUGCGAGAGGCACUGAAUAUCGCCAGUAGCUCUUGCAAACAACUCGGGCAUACCGCGAGGGUUCUGACAUUAUACGCGUCCGUCUUGAUGAAAGAUCCAGUGUCGGUGAGCAAGGCUAAGAACCUUCUUGAAAAAGCAUUGUCUCAAGAUGAGGUCUACUUGGCUGCCGUGUACUUGCUCGCCGAGAUAUACGAGCAGGAAAUGAAUUUGGAUGCAGCCAUCGAACUACUUGAGAGACAGGUGGAGAUUCAUUCCACCUGCAAGCUCCAUCAAACCUUGGGAGACUUGUGGGCGAGAGUACACAACGAGGAGAAGGCUUUAGAUCAUUAUGCCAUAGCUUUAAACUUGGAUCCGAACAACAGAAGGGCUAUAGAGGGAAUGCAUCGAUUAGAUAGUUCUUCUAGCAAAUUGGAUUCCGCCUAUUAUAUGUCUGUCGGUGAGGAACAGGCUGAUACCACGUACGACGUCGGUGACGGUCUACCGGACACAGAUAACGACGACGCGCCCGAGGAGAGCGAGACUGAAGCCAUCUGGUCGGAUAUGGACUUGGAAGCCAAUAGCCAAUAGUCAUUCUUGGCGUGGAAAGGAAUAGCCAGUCGAUAUCGAAUAGGAAAGCUCAUCACUGGCUCGCGAUUUGCCAACAUGCCUUUCCGUAUCUCUUACACCUGAUAUGUCGGUAUUGUCAAGGAUCCAAGCAUAAAGCCUCAAUUACCGGAAAUAUAUACUCGUCUAUAUAACAAUACAGUACAUUCGUCAACAAUAUCCGUAUAUAUAUGUAUAUAUAUAG